AUGUGUUUUUCAGAAGCAUCACGUGAUCUGGCAAAAAUUAGUUUGAUCGGACGAGUAGGAAAUGAAUUGGUUGUAGAGACGAGUCAAUCAGGACGAGAUUUUAUCAAGUAUUCUCUUGCUUGCCAGACCUCACCGGAUCGUACGAGUUGGUUUCGUAUAGUUAAUUUUGAUCCGCGAUUAAAUACAUAUAUGUUGUCGUUUAUUAAGAAAGGUCAAAGAGCAUUAGUCUAUGUUGAUGGUACAGUCCAGUUGAAUCCAUAUACGACAGAAGAUGGGAAGAAGCAUACUAAUAUAUCAGUGAUUCAGCGGAGUGUUCAAGUUUUGAGAACAUCGAGAGAAUCAGCAGAAAAAGAUGUUUCCCAAGAAGCUGUAGAUAAGAAUUGA